UGGUGGCAACGGGGAAGAGAUCUGGGCUGGCUUGAGCGGGGAGAAGAAGCAUGUUGGGACAGUGCUUUGGUUGAGCAAGAGUUGCAUCCUCCUUGGACUCUUAGAGCAAGAUCUCGGGGUGGACUAAAUGCCAGAUUCAAGGCAGUAAAAUGGCCUCGCUCUGGCUCGCCUUGUUGCUGGUUCUUCCAAGCCUGCUCAUGGGGAGCAGUUACAAGCUCCCCAGCCUACGGUUCUUCAUCCAAGAUGGCGCCCAAGAGGAGGAGGAGGAGGCAGCCAGAUUCCCUGCUGAGGCAGACGCUCUACUGCCGACCCAAAGACGGUGGGAAUGGAAGGCAUCCGGAGAUGAAGGCCACCAAAUAAACCCUCUUAUGGCCCGUAGGAAGAGGGAAGAGAGCCCUGGGUUUAAGAAGUCUACCAUACCUACAAAAGAACAAGCCAAGAAAAAGCCCCAUGUUGUGGGAACCACAACCAGACCUCCCACCUUGCUGAAGAAGAUGGUCCAAGGCAAAAUGACGGGACCUCCUCCUCAUGAGAAGGCCGCCCAAGAGGUUGCCACUGUUACCCCCGCAAUGGGGAACCCCCUAACCCCCCCAAAGAACAGUGCUACAUCUCAGGCUCCUGGGACCAGCCUGAAACUUGGGAAAGUCUCCAUUGAAGCCAAGAUUCCCAAAGAUGGUCAGCAUUUUGUCACCAAAGGACACACUCCAAAGGUGGCACCCCAAGGUACCUCAGUUACAGUACGUAUUGGGAAAGAAGCCAUCACGGUUGCCUCCCCAGAAAUGGGGAAAGUUUUGAAGACAACCGAACACUGGCCGUGGCUCCACGAUCAAACUUCUGCGAGCUCUCAGACUUCAGUGGUCGCCACCACAGAGCUUCCCACCGCGAUUCUGAAGGGUGGCUUGGUCACAGCUGGGCCUCUCAUGAAAUCGAAGGGGAAACUUUCUUGGACAACUCAGGCUUUGGUGGACAACUCGGAUGCUUCAACUGCAGCCCUGAAGCGUGGCUCGACUACUGCUAGGCCAACCUUUGAAGCAAAGGAUGGUUUUAAUCUCAAAAGAGCUAAGGCUAGUUCCACCACACUUUGGCUAUGGCUGGAUGAUAUGUCAACAGCAUCUUCUCAGACUUUGGUGGACAUCUCAGACACUUCCACUGCAACAGAAACACCAGGCUUUCACACUGUGAAGCCUAGCUUGAAAACAAAGAGAAAAGACAGCUUCUUGCUCACAACAAACAUGGCCGGUCCCACCACUGCUACCACAGCCCCUGUGAAACCUCCCACUGCCCCUGCCACCGUGGUUGGCAAGUGUCUGCUGGCCCUCUUCAUGCUAGCCCUGGUUGCUGCCAUCUUCAUUGUGAUCACCGGGGUUCUUGCAGCCAUGCUGUGGCGCCAGAAGCAGGCCUACAAGAUGAACCAGUACAACCACACCGAGAUGGUCUGCAUCUCCUCUCUGCUGGCCACGGAAGAGGCCGAGGAGGCCAGAGGGAGACCCCCCCAAGUUAAAAGGGUAAAGAUGUUGAGGGAGAACGGAUCAGAGGCCGAGAUGGACAACUUGACGCUCAACAGCUUCUUGCCUGAUCAUUGACACACAGAGUCUUUGUGCAUUUCAGGCUUCCCUGGCCCAUGCAGACUGUGGACCCACCAGAUAUUUUUGGACUAAAACUCCCAGCAGGCCCUGAGCCAGCACUGCUGAUGGCGACGGGUACUGGGAGUUACAGCUCAACUACAUCUGGAGCACAGCAUAAUUCUGACCUUUGGCCUGGAAGAGUGGAACUCAGCUUUAGGUCUUCUGGGGAGCAUCUCCACUGUUGAAAUAAUGCAGCUUGACAUGACUUUAACUGCCAUGGCUCCAGUCUACAGAAUCUUGGGAUGUGUAGUUCUCUGAGGCACCAGCACUCUUUGGCAAGAGAAGGAUCAAGACCUUGUAAAACUACAAACCCCAGGCUUCCACAGAGAGAGAAUAUGCUUGUUAGGAUUGAGCAUUGGGCUACCACCUUUGUGAGGGGCCUAGGCCGCAGCUACUGUGGUAGUAGUUAUUGGACAGGAAGGAACUGUGCUGAGACCAAACUGUAUAAAAGCCUAUAGCCACUGUACAUCUGGGUCCCUGUCAGAGGCACUCUUGAAAGUCCAAGGUUUAUUUUGGUUCCAAUAAAGUUUAAUAUCUUGAGUCAAUACUGUGUGGUAAUUUCCUGCUAGUCCAGCUGAGACUGUGCCUCAUGGAGGCAGCAGAGGUGACACCUUGGUGACCAGGCUUUGAAUCCCUGCUCAGCCAUGGAAACCCAUUGGAAGGCCACUCUCUCAGCCUCAAAAGGCAGCCAAGGCACACACCCCCCCAACAAAUUCUGCCAAGGAAACCCUAGGAUAGGUCCACCUUAGGGUCACUGUAAGUCAGAAAUGACUUGAUGGCACACAACAACAACAACAACAACAACAACAAAUUCCCUAGUUCUCCUCGAGAUACAUCAAGUGCUAGAAACCUGAAUCCUUUAAGAAUAUGUACAGAAUAAUAAUUAAUAAAGCCAGGCUUCCUGGG